ACUCUCCAUCCCUUCAACUAUCUCCACUUAAAAAAUCACGUUAAUUGGCCGCUCCGUUUUGCCGUGAAAAACGGACAAACAAAACAAACACACACACUUUCCCAUUUAUAAUAUUAAAUAUAGUAAUAUUCGUAUGGAUGCACACAUUAAUGUAAGUAGAAUCUUAUACAUCCAGGCGACUUACUUAAUUAUGAUUUAAAAAUGCAGUGUUGAAAUUACAGUUAAUGUUGAUAAGUACAAGACAAAAAAUGAGAGAUGAAAUACGAAUAAGAUCAUUAAGAUACUUAUUAAAUAUUAAUGCGUGGAAUGUCACAAUUUAUGUAGAUACUACAUACUCGUAUUAGGUAAUAAGUAUUUAGAGAGUAAACUUAAAUGAGUAGGUACUUUUAUAUAAACGUAAUUAAAUUUAGCAAUAAAAAUGAAAGCAAAAAUAUUUUAUUACGUUUUAUUUCAAUCACACUCCUUCUAACUUUGCUGAGUUCGACUUUUUGACACUUUUUGGUUCUCCCAUACAAAAACAACUUUCAGUGCUUAUAGUAGAAAGUCUUCCUGACCCCCAAAUGUCGAAAUGAGUUACAAUAACUAUUUUUUAGUAAGAUGACAUUCUAAUGCGUGUAAAACGGCUUUUAAAAAUAUAACUACAAUUGUGAAAAGUGGGAUAGGAAGCCUGUGAAGAUUGUCAAAAAACGCUGGACAAAAAAUGAAAUGUACUAUGGACUAUAUUAGGCGAAAACUCACACAUACUCAUGCAUUACAACGAAUAGCUAUUAUUAUAUAGUUUAAGAUAUACUGGUUAAUAAAAUCACAAAAAUUACUACAAAAUGUGGAUUCGGGAAAAAAAUAUUCCAUGCAUGGCCAGAUUUCAUCGUGUACAGUCUUUACGAGGGUUGUUCCGAAAGUUGUUAGCUGCUCAGGCUCUACUUAUGUUAAACUAUUCUGUGGGAAAUUUCAAUACAGAUCAUAUUCCACAGAAAUUAUGAGACUAAUGCGAAUAUAUAUAUUUUUUUUUACCAAAAGUUGUUUUGUGUGGAAUUUCUAACGUCUUAGAAAAAAAUCGCUUUUUUUUUUUUCGAAUUUGGUAUCCAAAUAGUUGUAUAACUGCUUGGAUCCCCAUGGGAUUGAUCAAUUGUGCCUUUCUGCAAUUUUCCAUACUUACAUGAAUUACUGCACGUAGGGUUUAUUCGAUGUACUUACUUGUAAACACCUGAUAUUCAUGGUUUUAGGACAUGGGUCACUUGUCACCCUCCACUAAGUCACUUUAAUACUUACGUAAUCAAGCGUAAUUAUACGUAAAUAAACAGUAAAGAUUCUCAAUUAGUACCACCCAUAAAUACAAUAACACUUACAAUGAAAAAAGAAUGUUAAAUCACAGUACAAAAGAGUCUGAAGAAUUAAUCAUAAAUGUUCGCGUUGGUUAGGCGUCGACACGUCUUAAUUAAAUAAAUAUAAAAAAUAAACUAAACUCUUUCUAAACCCAAAUCUACAUCAGUCUCUGUUGUCACUUUCCACCAGGUGCGACUGGGGUCAAUCGCCGAUCAGUCCAUAAUAAAAUUUAAAAAAACACCUCAGACAAUAAUGAAAAAUCCCUCAAAACAGUAUAAAAAAAAACAAAUCGCAUGAAUACAACCGGCUUUUUAAAAACCGGCUUGAUCAAAAAACUUUCGGAACAGCCCUGGUAUUGUUUUAUAAAUAAUUAUAUAAGAAAAUUACUGAUUCCUAGAAAAUGAAUAAUAUACAAUCGAAGUUUUUUUACUUUCAGUACAUCGUACCAGAUUGAUCACGGUUACAUGUUUUCAGCAGGGAUCGGACAUAUUUAUCGGAACAACCCUUUUCUCGAUGAUAUUCAUUGAAAGGUGAGGUAAUACGGCUAACCCAGAAAAAAGUUCAAACUCUUAGCCCAUUCAUUUAACUAUCCCUGAUCAGAAAACUUACCAAACAAUAAAGCUAGCCUUCUAGAGUAUGUUCGGAAAGAUAAAAGUCGUGAAUUGUAUGAUGUCCAAUACAUUCCACGACUCUUCUCUUUCCGAACAGACUCUAAAGGGUUACCCUAACAAUUCUGCGCUUUUUAUUAAACAUUUCCUUAUUUUAUUAACUUUAACAUAACUUUUUAAAUGAUUGUAACAGACUGUUAAUUUCGAGCGAUCAUGUCCACUCGCAAUAGCUUAGAUAGCAGCGACAGUAAGGGUUGUGUCGGACUGUAUGGUGAGUUAGGUGUAAUGGGCCGGUGUCUAGUUUUUAGUGGAUGUAAAUAAGGACUGUGUUCAAUUUACUAAGCGGACACACUAAAACAUCUUUACAAUUUGUAAUUUAAAAACAAUUGAUAAACAAUUGACGGUGACGACAUUAGAAAAGCUAUCAACGUCGAUUGCUACAUAGUUAUUCUUCCAUAGUUAAUUAUAUUUUACGAUGGAGCGUAGUGCUUUGAACGAUCGCAAAGCAAGCUUGCACAAAUGGUGUACUGGGAAGUGUUCUCUGCGAAAAAUCGCAAAUAUGUGCAAUUUUUCUAAAUCAGCGGUUAUAAGCUUGAAGAUUUACCGAAAUCUAGGAGUAGAAGCGGUCCGGCAAAUCCUCAAGUCGAGGAUAAAGUUAGGCGGUUGUUAAAAUCGUAAAAUUAUCUAUCGGUUCAUGGUGUUUUCAGUCAAAGGAAAUAGUAAAUCCGAUGUACUUUGGAUAUACCUGGGAAACACGACAAUAGAGGGCGUGAAAAACAAUUGAAUGAUUCUAUAAAAUCCUGUCUAAUCUGUGAUACCAAUUCCAUGUUUCCGUUACGCGCAAUUAACAAAAUAAAAGAUAUGUCAAAAAUAACGUUGUAUUAUUUUUAACUGGCCUUUUAAAAUGUUACUAAUUAUAAUUAUUAACAAAAAGACAAAUAUUAUCUAAAGUAUUUGUUCCUAGAUUGGUCCGUUAUAAAAUCUGAAGGUGCGAAAAUUAUAAGAUAAACUAAAAAAUAGGCAUGGAACGGAAUGUUUUUUACAAAGCCGCCAUAACGUCAUUAUUUCCAUUCUUCAAUUUCUUGUAAGUUCGCUGCUAGAACUUUAAAAACUAUUAUUUUGUGCUUUUUUACAACGACUGUGCUUGCCCUGGACUCCGAUAAAUCUUCUUUUUUGUGAAUAUGCCGGCUCUGCUCAACGGAUUUUGAUUUGCUCUUUAGAUUGGUUUGUCGUUAUAAUGGUUAGAAGCAGUGCUGUGUGUUGUGUACCUAAUUGCGGUAAAACGCCAAACCACAUCGCUGCAAUUUCCAAGCAAUGUUCAAGAACCGAUGCAAGAUAAUCAAGUACCCAGAGCCCCUUUGAGGAACAUCACCAAUCAGUACAGAGCGGCUACUAAUGUCAGUUCUCAGCCGUCAACUUCAGGAAUUGACAAGCGAACCACAUCGCUGCAAUUUGCAAGCAAUAUUCGAGAACCGGUGCAAGAAGAUCAAGUACCCAGAGGCCCUUUGAGGAACAUCACCAAUCAGUACAGAGCGGCUACUAAUGUCAGUUCUCAGCCGUCAACUUCAGGAAUUGACAAGCGAACCACAUCGCUGCAAUUUGCAAGCAAUAUUCGAGAACCGGUGCAAGAAGAUCAAGUACCCAGAGGCCCUUUGAGGAACAUCACCAAUCAGUACAGAGCGGCUACUAAUGUCAGUUCUCAGCCGUCAACUUCAGGACGCGCGCCACGACACACACCCCGAUUUUGCACAGAAGCUAGUAAAGGGUGUUUUUUUUAGAGGUAUAGAACUUUAAUUUGGCAACACUUUUUUAAUUGGCGGUAAUUUUGUAAACUGUAAAGUGAUUUGUGUUUAGUUUUGUUUGGCAUUUCAAGAUUGAAUAAAUAGGCGCUUCGACAACGCUUCCAGAUUGUGAAAAUUUAUUUUGAAAAUCAUGGAUCUGUUCCAAAGACUUCGUCGAUUUUCAUAAGCGAAUUUUGUUUAGCGAUGAAGCUCACUUUUGCUUCAAUGGAUUCGUCAAAAAACAAAACUGCCACAUUUCGUGUGAUGAUAAUCCUCAAGCCUAUGUUGAGACACCGUUACUUCCAGAAAAACUAACCGUUUGGUGUGCUUUAUGGCCUGGUGGAAUAAUUGGUCCGUACUUCUUUAAAAACGAUGCUGGCCAGAACGUUACAGUCAAUGGUGACCGCUAUAGGGCCAUGAUUACUGAUUUUUUCGUUCAACCAUUGAACGAUCAUGAUGUGCAGGAACUGUGGUUCCAACAAGACGGGGCAACAUGCCACACAGCUCGUGCCACAGUUAACUUAUUGAAGGAAACAUUUGGUGAUCGCAUAAUUUCACGUUUCGGGCGUUUCGGCCCCGUGAAUUAGCCUCCAAGAUCGUGCGAUUUAACGCCACUCGACUAUAUUCUGUGGGGAUAGUUGAAGUCUCUAGUCUACGACGAUAAACCCGAAACCGCGUUGACCACUUGAAGGACAACAUUUGCCGCGUUCUUGCCGAUAUACGGCCACAAAUGUCGGAAAAAGUAAUCGAAAACUGGACCUCCAGAUUAGACUACGUCCGAGCCAGCCGUGGCGGUCAUAUGCCAGAAGUUAUAUUCAAAUUAUAAUGCCAGAAAAUUGUCUAUCGAAUAAAGUUAAUUUCAUGUCAGUUGAAAAAUAUCAUCUUUGUUUUAUUCCAUUUCAAAGUUCUAUACCUCUAAAAAAAACACCCUUUAGUUUGGCCAAACAAAUAAAAAAAACUUACAGAGACCAAAGAAAAAUAUGUUGUAAGAUUAAAAAAAGCUAUGUGUCUCUCCACAAACCCAUCUUUUCAAAAAGCUAUUUGGAGUUUCACAACGAUGGCAUUACUUUUUGUAAUGAUGCAGUUUAGGGAGGGAAGUAAAAAGAAAAUGGGAAGAAGAUUUACAAAGAACGAAAAAGUGAUGGCAUUGUCGCUUUAUAAGCAAGGGCCAAAGGCCUACAGAUGGUUACGACAUAUCUUUGUUCUACCAUCGCCAUUGACAUUGUCUAGAAUGAUAUCCGCUGCCGCCUUCAAAACUGGUAUUAAUGAAAAAAAUUUUGAAAACCUCAAAAAAAAAGCAAGAACAAUGUCAAAAUCAGAUAGACUCUGCAUUUUACUCUUUGAUGAGAUGGCAUUAAAACCUCAUUUUGAAUAUAACUCAAAAAAAGAUAUGAUCGUUGGUUUUGUUGAUAAUGGCAAAAAUAGAGUUAAAAAAAUUGCUGACCACGCGCUCGUGUUUAUGAUAAAAGGUAUUACCAAAAACUAUAAACAACCCAUCAGCUAUACAUUUUGUUGUGGAGCCACCGAUAAGCACGAGUUAGCGCAAGCAAUACAAGAUCAUAUACGCAAAUUAAAAACCAGCGGAUUUCAGGUGAUCGCAACUGUGUGUGACCAAGGAGCGUCCAAUAUGAGUGCAAUUAAUUCUCUUAUUGCGGAAACGAAACAACAAAAUAUACAUUCGAAAGGAUACGUGUUUGAAGUGGACGGACUCCACAUGUUAUAAAAAAUAUUCGAAACAAUUUAAUAACAAAAAAACCGGCCAAGAGCGUGUCGGGCCACGCUCAG